UUGAUUUCAUGCCUCGACCUAACCUCCUGCAUUCUUUGUGUUCAGGUUUUGAGUCAUAGUCAUCCACUCGCUCAGCCUUUGAAUAUUGUGAAUAGAGCUUGUUUAUGUUUUGGUAUUUCAUGAUUUAGAUAUGGCAUCAUUGUAAUGAAAGUUGUUCUUGAAAAUUUUAAACUUGGAGUUUCUCAGUCGUUAAUAGCUUGGCUUUAGUUUAUACUGAGCUUUGUGAUUGUGAGUUCAAUGUUUGUCACUUCAUAAACAGUGAUGCAGUGAUGGGACUAGUUGAGACAGCUGCCGUUAGGUAGCUCUAGGAUCGUUCUUUCAAAUCAAAACUGAUUUCCGAGUGUCAGAGCUAACGCCAGCUCAGACGUUGUGGAUGAGAGUAGCAGCAGAGAGGACGCUUUGUGAAUAUUGAUAGUGAAGUCAGUGACAAGCAUGGUGUAAUGUAACUCAAUCUUGCUGUAAACGUUUUCGGAAAAUAGGCUUAAAAUCGUGUAAACUAUUCUAAUUGAAGUCUCAAAAUCACACAUUUUCAAUAAAAUAACUGCACUCUAGGAAUUGCCCAUCAGAUCAUUGUUUCAAACUGGAUUAGUUUUUUAUUCAGUUAAUGAAUAAUUUAAUAAGAAGUGUUUCUGACUUGUGGACUUUUCUGUGUUACUCAUCCCUUUUUAAAAAGACUGACCUGUUUUAAGUUUUGACUCAUUUUAAAGCUAGUCUAUAAAUUCGUCAAAAGACUGAACUAUUUGACACAAUAAGUGAAAUAUUUUAUUCUCAAAUAACUUUCAUGAACAAAAUAUGGAAUAAUUUUCGAGUGUAAGCUCUUCUACUUUUUGAACAAAUUUUAUAUCAAAGAAUAAUAUUUUAUCUAUUAAUAUUUUUAUUAGAAACAAAGUGCCACAUCUUGGCCAUUUGCUCAAUUUUGAACUGGUAGGUUUUCGACAAAUUUUAAGAAAAUUCUAGUAGAAAAGUUGGUGAUCAAGUUAAAUCAUAGAUAAAUCCAACACCAAUAUAUUUAUUGUUGUUAACUAUCAAACUAUAUGGAUUGUCAAAGGGUAACUAACAUUAUUAUAGUUUGAAAUUCAUAUUUAUAUCGUCUUCAAGUUCCUAAUAGACAAUUUUUUAUCACAAUAGAUCUUACAAAUAAGUGAAAUUAAGGAGUGUAGCAGUUCUUCAAAUAACAGUUGAAAUUUUUAUCUAGUGCCUUCCGAUUUGAAAAGUUCUACGUUUUUAGUGCAGAUUCAUAAAAACAUUGUAAGUGAAUCUUCCUUCUAGUUUAAACAGCAAAUAUCAUAAGUGAAAGACCUAUCAAGAGUUUUCCAAUUUGAAGAAAUUGCUACGUUUCUGCUGUUACAAGCUUGUCAAUACCUUAAGGUAGAGAUGGUGGCCGAUAUGGUGACGAUGGCCAGCGAUGUGGUGUCGCAGAACGGGACGAUGGCCAGCGAUGUGGUGUCGGAAAGCACGCUGCUGCCGAAAGCGGUGGGCGUGGUUGCGUUCGUGGUGGGCUCCCUGCUGAUGGGUUUGCUGCCGAUGGCUCUGCAGCGCCGCUACCGAGAGACAUUCAGCGGCGACGCCCUGUCGCCGACCGGCUUCUUCGGACAGAUAUCCGCGUUCGGCGGAGGGGUCCUACUCAGCACCACCUUUUUACAUCUGCUACCGGAGGUUCGGGAAGGUGUCGAAGAUUUGCAGAAGGAGAAAGAGUUAGCUGACGAUGAAGCCCUGCCAUUGGCUGAGCUGCUCAUGUGUGUGGGAUUCAUAUUCCUGUACAUAGUGGAGUCGGUGGCUCACAGGUAUGUGUCUCACACUCAUGUGCACCAUGUGGAGGCUGACAACGGAGACAAAGUGGUCGAGUUUGUUAACAAGGUGUACAACAAAUCGUCGCCACAGCACACCAUGGAGAACGGGCACACCACUGACAACGAUGACGUAACCAUCAUGAGUCGCGUGGACACCAAGGACCCUGAGAAGGCCAAAAUCACUAACGGUGUCACCAACGACUAUGGCGCCGCCGUCACCAACAACGAUCAUCUCUCAGCAUCCGCAUCCAAUCAUAAUCAUGCUGCGAUUUUCGACGAGGUCACUGGCAAAAACUUUUUGUUAGUUUUUGCGCUCUCAAUCCACGAGGUGUUCGAAGGUCUGGCGAUCGGGCUGGAGUCGAGCCGGGAGGCGGUGUGGUACAUGCUGUUGGGUGUGGGUGCGCACAAGCUGAUCAUCGCCUUCUGCGUGGGCGUGCAGAUGUUGUCGAUGCGCGGGCGACCGAUGCUGGCUGUCAGCUAUGUGGUGCUGUUCGCGACCACCACCUCGCUGGCCAUUGUUGCCGGCGUCUUCAUAUCGGCGCAGUGCGGCCUGCUGUCUGUCGUCCUGCAGGGCUUGGCCACUGGCACCCUGCUCUACGUCGUCUUCUUUGAACUGCUCAAGCCGCAUGCACACAAGUCGCCCUGCUGUGGCGUCGUCGUCGGCUUCACCUUGAUGGCUGUGCUCAAGUAUUACACGCCCGAGUGAAGUACCAUAUUUGGGCUGACAUGGAGUUUACUGCGCAGCUGUGAUAAUGCUCAAUUAUUAGUCUAAGAUUGUUUGUUGAUAAUAUUGCUUAAAACUAAUAAUGAUGAUUUCAUUGUUGAACUGACUUGUUAACUUAUUUAUGUAGCUUUAGUGAUCAAAACCAAGUUUUUGUUAGUACCUUGAAUGAUCUUUUUUUCUAACAACUUCUUUUAAUAACUAUAACCAUAAACUAAUACUACAAGUAUUUUUUGAAAUAAGAUUUUAUAUUACCAAUAUUCAAUAAGUAUUCAUUAAGUACGAAUUUGAAGUUAUUGUCUUCCGUCCAGUUUUUUUUCAAAUAAAGGUUGUGUACUUUAUAAAGCCACAGAAAAUUUAUGGGAUUUUAUCUGUGCCAUCAUUGAAAGGAAGCCAAUGAAUGUUGAAAAAUUCAGCUAUUAUUAUAAGACUACCACUACAGUAGAAAAUGUAUUGGCAACAAUAAACUUUUUAUCGUAAA